UGUCCGCGCGAGAGGCGCCGCGCGCCGGAAGUGUGCGUGGAGGAAGCAAGUGCGGCGAGGCGUCCCGAGGAACUGGGAAGAUGGGGAAGCAGAAAAAAGCAAGGAAAUAUGCUACUAUGAAACGCACCAUCAGCCUUCGUGACCAGCGCAUCAAAGAGGAAGACCGAGCAAAAGCUAAAAAGAAAAAGAAAGAAGAUCCCAGUGCAAUCAAAGAGAGGGAAGUCCCAAAGUACCCAUCCUGUUUGUUCUUCCAAUAUAACACACAGUUAGGGCCUCCCUACUACAUCCUGGUUGAUACCAACUUCAUUAACUUUUCCAUUAAAGCCAAAUUGGAUUUGGUGCAGUCAAUGAUGGAUUGCCUCUAUGCAAAGUGUAUUCCAUGUAUCACAGAUUGUGUAAUGGCUGAAAUUGAGAAACUGGGACAGAAGUAUCGUGUGGCCUUGAGAAUAGCAAAAGACCCACGAUUUGAACGCUUGCCCUGUACUCACAAAGGAACAUAUGCAGAUGACUGCCUGGUACAGAGAGUCACUCAGCAUAAAUGUUAUAUAGUAGCUACUGUAGACAGAGACCUUAAGCGGAGAAUACGGAAGAUUCCAGGAGUACCCAUAAUGUAUAUAUCUAAUCACAGGUAUAAUAUUGAGCGAAUGCCAGAUGACUAUGGAGCUCCUCGACUUUAAUCAUCUGCUGUAGAGAAACCAAGAUAAACCCUCACUGUCAGUUUGAGAGUAUUGCUGAAUAUUGAGCCUGUUAUAAGGUUCUUCUGUUUUCGAUUCACUUCUGUGAUGUUUUGAACUGUACUUGAUUUAUCCAGAAAAAAAGAACAUACAAUCCAUUUUACUAAUCUGUGUUCCAAAAUAAAUAUUUCUGAUGGUAUUAAA